UCAUUUCGAAUUCGAAGUAACGGUGCGUUUCUUUUGAGCGAGCCCCAAGUGGCUGCUUGGUACGGCGACGGUCUCAUAGCAAAGUACUGUGGCCAUUUGUUACUACAGUGGAAUCUCGAUCGUAACAUUAACUGCAUCACCCAUCAUCGUAAGGUCGUAAUACCGACCAUGAUAUUCAACAAGAAGAAGAUUGGCGGCCAUGGCAAGUCGAAGUUUCGCAUGAGUCGUCGUCUUCGAAACAGCCUUCUGAGCAAAAUCGGCCGCUCUCUUGAACGGACGCCACAGAAGAAACGACGCAUGGUUGCAACAGCCAUUGCGCGUCUUACUCAUCCUUUCGAAGUCUACAAAGUCCCCGUUCUGUUCGUGUCCGAGCCGUCCCCGGAAAACGAUGCUUACAAAAUGUCGACCAAGGCAGUUCGUUUUGCCUCCACCGCUUCCGUCGUAGAGAUACCGUCUCGUUGCCACUAUUCAAGCCACGCCCGGAUGCGGAUGUGGAGUUCACAUCGAGUUAUUCGCAAAACGGCACGACGCAACGCAAUCGAGUACUGGAACGACACCCUCGGAAUGCACGAGCGAUGGAGAGAGUGUGUCGAAGAAGAGCAGAUGAUGACGUUACGUGGAAAGCUGCUCCAUCCUCGCACCUACCGAAGGGUGAAAGGGAUUGAACUGUGUACGAACAUUGCGUUGCUGGGACUUCCCGUUCUCUUCGAUUUGUAUUUUGGCAUUUGGAAGUAUGAGCAAAAGAUCCGUUCGAUUGACUACGGAGACCGGCGUCCUCAGCCCAGAAAGAAAGAAGAACUGGGAACUGCCUUUUUGACAAAGCCUCCCCCUCGCCUGAUCUAGCUGGCUACCGUAGAGCCUAGUUGUAUGAUGUAUGACAUGAUAGCCUCGAUUUGAACCGAAGGACGUGCGUUGCGUCGGUGCAUUUACAUUGAACGACGCCGAGUUCAGGUCCCACUGUGCCCCAGAGAUCACAAGCAAUACCAGGACUGGUACAAAGAACUAAAACUACUGAACAAAACAAUAGAGUUCUACGAUUUCAGCAAAGAGUGAAUUUUGG